GACGCGUAAAUAAAAGGCUGUAAGCGUGGGAACUUAUGUCCGCGUAAUGGCUAUAAUCAAACAACUAGCGUUCCUUCCUUAACCACGACCGGCCGCCCGUUCUCUCCCCUCUAUUCGAUCCCGCAGCCUCUGUCCAAGAUGGCAAAGUCACAGGAGAGCUACAUGUUUACGAUUCUUCUCGGAGAAAGGGCACACCUCAUCGAGUUUCCGUCCCUCCUGCUACCACCCGGCGCAACCACAGGAUCCAUUGUGAACAUCUCCGUUCUUCAGAACCACGCCGAAGAAAAGAAACGUGAGCAAGAGUUUUGGAAGCUGCAGGAAAAUAUCCUCGAUACAUACGGGACUAAGCCACCAGAGCCUCCAAAGUUGAAGCUGCGGAACGUGACGCAGACUUCGCUGCGCUCACUAGACAUAUACCGAAAUCGCCAGCGUCUUGCCGCUAUCCCAUCGCCUCUCACAAAUACAUCUACGAAGCUCUCUGGUCUACAGCUGGACUCUGACUACUCGUUCCACCUCAUUCUGCGGACGACCGCGGGGACAUACUCGUCCAACCCGAUUGCCAUCAGGACCCAUAAGCUCGAAGACACGUCUGGCAUCCGCGUCUGCUUUGGCAACGUCCAAGACAACCGCUCGCUUGAGGAAGCGAAGGCCGCUCUCACCGAUCUCGGUGGCAAGUGGAGUGACAGGAUCCAGAUCGAUACCACUCACUUCGUAUGCACGACGCCCGCUGCGACGCCUUCGGGAGCAGAAGCGACUGGUGGUGCUUCGAACGCCCCAGGAAUCGAAUACCAGAAGGCUCUGCAACUGAGCAUCCCAAUCGUGACACCUCAUUGGGUUCUCGAGUGUAAGAAGCAGCACAAAAUGGUCGCCAUUGGGAACUUCUAUCUCGGCGCAUCCCCGUCUGCGCCAAUCAACUCUGCACCAUUCUCGCGUCCGCAAUCCAUGUCUCAAGCGACGCUCCCCUCCCCCGCCAACUCGAGCUCGCCGGCAAGCAGAACGAGCAAUCGCCAGUCGAUGCCGGCUCCUGCGCGCACAACGACGUCUCCGCCCACCGCCCAGCCUGCGUCUGCACCGCGUGUCACACCGAUCGAGCCGACGCCUGAGGAGUCGGACGAGUCGGACGAGGACGAGGACACAGACACCGCCGCGGGGCGCACGCGCAAGGGCACGAUGAGCAAGAACUUCCGUUUCCCGCCGUCGUCCGCGGAGGCGCCGCCACCCGUGCCGCCCAUGCCGGCAGACACGAAGGCGCUCCCGCAGGAACCACAGGAGCACCGCGAACAGCUGGGCGAGCGGCGCGCAUCGACGCACCGCGCGUCGGACACGGAGGACGUCGCGCUCACGCCUGUCGUCGUGCCGAACGUCGAUGUGCCGCCGCCGCCUCCCGUCGAGAAGGAGCGCUCGCCGAUUGGGCCGGACAUCGGGGACGAGGAGGUGGGCGAUACGGAGGAGAUUUCGUUGAACUAGGGCAUGCGUCUCGCUUCUUGUGUAUUAUACCUCUCCACUUUCCACGUUUUGCGAUUUUGACUACGCAAGCGCUGCAACAAGAAGAGCAUUAUAUUAGGCCUACGUCGCACCCGAAACAAAAU